GGACGCGCCCGGGCUGUGGGAUACUGGAGGUGUUUAUGUGACGGAAUGUAACGAGAAAUCGGUAGAAAAAAAACAAACAUUUUAGUUGUGUAAGGCAGGUGUGUAAGAGGGAUUAGAGGAUUGGAGCACGGCGCAUAGAGAGAGAGAGAGAGAGAGAGAGACAGAGCGAGCAUGGAUUAGAGGAGGUGUAGAGGCGGACCUGUGCACGCGCACGCACGGGAGAGAGACAGAGCGGAGAAUGUGGCGCUCGGUGACGGAGGCGUGCGGCGGCCUCGCGCUCUGCGUGUGGCUCGUGUCGCUGUGCGCGGUGCGCGCGCCGUGCCUGGACUUCGCGGGGGAGAAGGAGGAGUGGUACACGGCGUUCGUCAGCGUCACGUACGUGGACCCGGUGACCGCGGAGACGCGCACCGAGCGGAGCGAGUGCGGACACUACGGCGAGCACUCCCCCAAGCGCGACGCCAAGGGCUGGCUCGCCACGGCCGCGUCGGCGCGCGAGCGCCACGCCUGCGACCCCAACACGCGCUUCGCCGUCCCGGACCGAGCCGGCGCGUGGAUCGCUCUGGUCACGCGCGGAAACUGCACGUUCAAGGAUAAAAUCCGCCACGCGUCCGGACAGAACGCUUCCGCCGUGGUCAUCUUUAACGUGGGGGCUUCGAACGCAAACGAGACCAUCACCAUGCCACAUUCGGGUACGGGUGAUGUGGUUGCCAUCAUGAUCCCCGAGCACAAGGGCCGCGAGCUGGUGCUGCUGCUGGAGAAGAACGUGACGGUAAAUAUGCACAUCACCAUCGGUACGCGCAACCUGCAGAAGUACGUCAGCCGCACCUCUGUCGUCUUCGUCUCCAUCUCCUUCAUCGUCCUCAUGAUCAUCUCGCUGGCGUGGCUCGUCUUCUACUACAUCCAGAGGUUUAGAUACGCCAACGCCCGAGACCGCAACCAGAGGCGACUCGGUGAUGCAGCUAAAAAGGCCAUCAGUCAGCUCCAAGUGCGGACCAUCAGGAAAGGAGACCAGGAGACGGAGUCAGACUUUGAUAACUGUGCUGUGUGUAUCGAAGGCUACAAGCCUAAUGAUGUGGUGAGGAUUCUUCCAUGCAGACAUGUCUUCCAUAAAGGCUGUGUGGAUCCGUGGUUGGUGGACCAUCGCACGUGUCCCAUGUGUAAAAUGAACAUCCUGAAAGCGCUCGGGCUCACGUCGAGUGCAGAGUGCCUGGACGAGCUCCCUCUGGACUACGACCUGGCCGUUGGGGGCGUGGCCCUGAACGCCAUGGUGAUGAGCGAUGACGCCCUGGUCGGUGACAUCACAGGGGGUCACGACCCUGGUUUUAGGAUGGUGGGUCUCCCUCAGGUCUUCCUGGACUCUGAGCCCAUCACGGAGGACACCUUGCUGACUGAGCAGAUCAUCAUCUCUUCAGGUGAACUUCAGCCAUUAUCAAGCAGCAGUUCAGAAGCAUCGCUGACUGCGGGGGCGGGGCAGUAUAUGGACACGCCCACAGACAACGCGAAAUGCCGACCAAGCAGCAGCCUCGGUCACUCGAACCAAGGAUGCACGGACUGAGUCGUCCCCGGCGACAGCAGAGUAGCCAUGGCGACCGGUGACGCUGACUAAACAUCCGGUGGAAUCUUCUAGCCGAUGACAUCACACUACGACAUCACUGCCUGCUGCGUUCCUUCCCUUUACUCUUACUGUGUGUGUGGUGUUUGAAUUGGAGACGCACCAGCUCCUCUUUCUCUGUCGAUUCACUUCAGAGCGUACACUCGAGUACCGUAUGUUCCGGAUUAUAAGACGCGUUUAUAAGUUUAGCUGCAUAGCGUGUGAAUCAUUUCACGGUUAGCCUCAUAUCGCCGGUUUAUAAAUCACCCACCCUGACGUCCGGCGCCGCACGUGAAACGUGCAUGCACACAGCCAUCGCUAGACUACUCGAAAACGAUUCAUUCAUAGCGUAUUUACGCUAGCUCAGCACUUUUACAUUUACACGUGAAUCGCGCAAGAAACUGUUUUGAAAAAUAGUUUAUUUUAUUAAAUUAGUCAAACUGUUAAACUACAAAAAUAAUAUUUUAUUUGUAUUAUCUAAGUUAAGUUUAUUAUAUAUACAUUGCUUUAGUGGAGAAUUUAGGGGGAGGUGGUGAGUUCUUUCAAAAGAACCAUUCAAGAUGCCAUCCUGGGUUUUUAGCAUUAAACGUUACGUUUAGCCGGUACUACGAGGUCGCUAAGUGUAACACUGGCGUAUUUACUUUUUUAUUUUACUAAGAAAUAUUCUUGCUAGGAUUAGAAACCUGACAGCUCCCUGUUCAAACACUAGCUAGCUCAAAGUUAGCUGUUUAUCUUUGGCUAAGCAAAAAAAUUGCCAUCCGUCGUUACAACAGGGUAGCAUUUAUUUUUAUUUAAAAAAAAAAAAAAGGGUCAAAUUUAAGGUUUAUUUUUCUUUAUUUUUCGUUAAGAGCAUCUUUGUGAUGUCUUAUGACCUGAAGCAACAGCUAAUCGAACAGGACAGGCCAGAGCAGCUCAGUUAGCUCGGCUAGAUAAAAAUACAGUUGUAGUUUGGAACUAGCAAUGCUAACCUGACUAAACAUAGCACUACUUCUUAACACAAAGUAAAAAAGAUGUCAAGGCACUACAGGCUUCCUCAUUCAUUUCCGCACAUUCUUAUUAUUAGCUUAUCUAAUAAACACAUAGUUAGCAUAAAACUUACUUAACUUACACAAGUUAGCUAGAGAAAUACUUGUUUGUUUGCUAAGUUUAGGUUGGGUACAUUUUAUUUAUUUAUUUUUACAUAUAGGUCAUGUGACGUACAGGUUUUAUGCUAAUGAUUUAAUUAAUAUUUAAAAAUAAUUAGUUUUUAAACCGGUACUGAAGCAGUACCUAGCUUAGCAGGAGGAUCGCUCCAGCCGUUGCGUCUGGUUUUAUAAUUCGGAAAAUACGCUACGCUACUACGCUGAGUUUUCAGCAGACAAUCGGCUUUAGCUGCCUUUGAGUUCUCCUCGGAAACGUCUACAUUACGAGUAUUUAAUACUGUUUGGUACUGAUUUAUUUUUUUCAGACUUUUGUCUGUUAAGUAAGUACAAGCUCAUGCCAGCCCAUUGUUAUGAUUUUUUUAUUGUACUGCACGAUCUUGGUUUAGGGGGCGUGGCUGUGCGAAUUUUUUAUUUGAUGAGAGAAAAUCGAGAACAUUUCCAGGAGCGUCUUUUUACUUAAAAAAAAUGAAAUUAACGUAUUAUUUCUGAGUAAUAACUGUUACUUCAUCUCCGUGAAUAACUAAUCCUUGCCAAAAAAAGGCUACAUCCGGUUCUGCUUCUGUAAUUUAUUUAAAGCUCUGAAAUUCCCCGCCCAAUCAUAUAUUGCCCCGCCCACAUCUAAUUUUUUUUUUCUUUAAUUUUUUUGUAUUAUUUUUAAACCGCCUACAACUCAUCAGAUUGGUUAUUGCCCCGCCCACAACUUGUUCAAUUCCCGCCAACAUCUAAUAUUGUUUUUAGUGACGCCCGGCCCACACCUUAUCUGUUUUUUCUUUUUUUUUUUAUUAUUAUUUUUCAACCGCCCAUAACUCAUCAGAUUGUUUAUUGCCCCUCCCAUAACUUAUCAAAUUUUUUUUCGACUCUCUGAAAGCUUCUCAACAGUUUUUCGUAAUUUGCGAUGUUUUCACCAGAACUUGACGGCUGCACAUGUUCUGCUCGACAAUCAGCUCGGGGGGGGGAUGGGGGUUUAAGGUUGGUGAGAGAAACGACUCUCCGGGACAUUUCAACUGAGAAAAAAACAAGCAGUGUUUUCCAUAGAAGUGCAUUUGCGGUGUGGAUGAGUGCGGUGUUGCAGUGAAGACGCUUCGGGACCAUCGAAGUGGACAAGUUUAUGAAAAAGAUGGAAGGAGGGAAAAAAAGCCAAAAGUGUGACUCAAGAGUUUUCUUUGCUCAUGUAAGUUUUUUUUUUUCUUUUUUCUUUUUUUCUUCUUCUUCCAGAAAGUGCUCUUGACUUCCCGGACCACAGCAUUUCAUAUGCCUCGAGCAUGACGGCAAGCCUUUGCACAUGUCUUUGUAUGUGAGUGGAUUCCAUUCAACUUUGUAUCUUUUAUCCUCCGCACGAUAAUUUUAUUGUAUAUUGUAAAUACAAGCAUUUUGUCAAAACGA